AAUCCCAGGUUUCUUACUUUUUCCUAUUCAAAAUUGUUUCUACUCGUUACAAGUACAUUAUAUGGCAGAUUGAAGAGUUCGCAAAAGACAACGCGAGUACGACGAGGAUAAAGGAGAUUCCCACCCGGAUAACUUUUUCCAAAAAUAGGUGCAUCCACGGCAGUCUGUGAUUUAUAGGCCAAAUAUGACGUACGUUUAUAGCCAGCGGUCUUUGAUGGUCCUGUCUUCAUUAGGGAUCCUGUCUGGGAUUAUGUCUCUGCUAUCAGUCAUUCUGAUUUUCCAGAUACAAUCACAACAGAUUGCUGUGAAGGAAUCUCCCCCCAAAAUCUCCAUCAUGCCAACUAAUGUUUGGGAAGUGCUGAUGCCAGUGUCUACAGUGCUCUCUACUCUCUCUCUCACGCUCAAUUUGAGCUCCGUCAUGGUCUGCCUUCUGCAUAGCUACUUUACAACCGAGAUAUGCAGAGGAGAAGAAGAUACAGAAAGGUACACAUCCAUCAACAUACUUUAAGGAUAUUUUAUUUGUUGUAGGCAAUAAUUGUAUCACUGAUGCACCUGCAGUUUACUUUUUUGAAUAACAUGCUUCAAUUAUAUUAAAGUUUGAGAUUGACAGAAAUUAAAGUAAGAAUAUUACAUUCUUAUAAAUUCAUAUAUAACUUUCAGUGUGUGCCAGGUGCCGACAGAGGCUGCUUGACCGACCCCACCCCCCAUAUCUGAACUCCGUAUGAAUCCUGAACAAACAAUAGCGUUCCCUCAUUAUGCACCCAGUGCAUGGCCUCUGGCCUCAGAGGCCUGGCACUUUCCCACAUUGGGUUAGAAUUGUGCCUGUGCUUUUAAUGACUUUCAUAUAAAUAAAGGCAUAGCUUCUGUGCACUCCAGUGCAAGUAAUGACAAAGCAUUCUAUAAUGAAACUCAUUUUGAGCAGAAAGGUAUCACAUGACAGAAAAAGAAUGGACAGAAGAAAAGGCCUAAUUUGAACCUUGAAAUUAUUUCUUUAUUUUGGUGCAAAUAAAUAAUUGUGAACUAAUUGAACAAUACCCAUCAACAUAUGAUCAUGUCAUCAUCGUCACUGAUUGCAUUUUCUUCAUUUCCUCCCAUAGAGCAGACUGGUUCCUAUUGCAUAGCCAAGCUGUCCGACAUGUGGCCAUUGGAUUAUUUUGCCUUGGGGUUUCAGUAUACUUAGCAGGUAAGAAUGACAAAAAAUGUAAACAGUAAGGCCCAUAAUUAACUGUUUGAAUGAAAUGACAAGAACAUAGUGUACUAAAGGAAUCUUACAAACAUGUGUUACAAGUGGCAUCACAAACUCAUUGGCUAUAUCAACAGUAACAAACUGCAACAUAUUUAGUAUUUUUUGUUGUUGUAAGAUUUUAUAAACAAUACAUACAAACAUCCUACAAAUAUCAACUACAUCACACCUGCCUAGACCCACUAGCAACACACCCCCAUCUCCUGCGCCCACAUAAUUUUCCGUAACACGGCUGAAACUGCACUAUUUUGUUUCUCGCCCACACACUUUCACUAUUUAAAAAAUACAUCUUUAGAUUUUUCUGUUGUACUAAUGAUGGCCGAUUGAUUGAUUUCCAAGUUUUUAGUAUACGUUUUUUCAAAAUGAGUGAUGAGAAAAGAAUCUUCCAACAAAUCGGGUAUAUGCCAUGUCUUGAAAUAUGCAAACAGACGGAUUAAAAGUAAAUUUACAUUGUAAUACUUCUGACAACCAACUUUCUAGCUCCGCCCACAACUUCCAGACUUUAAAGCGUUCCCAGAAAGCAUGGAUUAUUGAUUCAUUAUUUGUUUAAGACUUAAGACAUUACCCUGUUUUGUGCUGUAGAAUUUGUGAAUUUUGUCUCUUGUAUAAUAAAUUCUACACAUUAGCUUCCAUUUUCGUUAACUGUAAUUUCUUUAAAUCAUGCUCCAACUUUCCCUCUAUCUUGUGCCAACAUCAAUUCUUAAAUCUUGGUUCCAACAGAUUAUAUUUUUUUCUAAGAGAUUGUCAGUUGGAUAUGCUCUCUGCAAGCUUUUGUAUAUCUUCCCUAUCAUAUGAACAUCAUUUUCUGACUCAAAUAAGAUUCCCUCAAGGUUGCUCUGAUGUCCAAAUGAUUUCAAAUCGAAAUUUCGUGGUAUGUAACUUUUAAGUUGCAUGUAUUUGAAACUAUCUACAUUAGUCAGUCCAAAAUUACAUUUAUUUCCAUGACGGAAUUAAAAAGUAUUUCCUGUUACCAAGUCAUUUACGGUUUCUAUGCCUUUAGUUUUCCAUGUAGACACAUUUAUCGGUGAAUUCUGAAAAGCUAUCCAAGGAUUGUUCCAUAAGGUUGUGCUUUUAGAAUACGUUUCAUUAACUAUGAAGUUGUUCAUUUUCUUAGCUUUAUCCUUUGAAAAUAGACACGUACAAAGAUUCUGGGGAUGAGCAUGCAUAUCUUCAAUAUGUACCCAUUGUUCCUCUUUAGUGUAUUUAACUAUAUGUCGCAAGUAAAAGCCUUGGGUAGCGAUUUUAUACAAUUCCAAGUCUGGAAUUUAUAUUUGGUAGUAUUAUGAACACAGUAGUCACCCCACAUAACAUCAUGUGAAAGCACUUUUAAUUUAGCUAAAUCAGAUUAAUUUAUUAGACAUUACAUCCGUUCAGACCAACUGCAAAACAACAACAGCUUGUACCAAAUAGAGCUUUGCGUGAACCUAGAAAAGACAACUUCAUUCAGAUUUCUACAGAUAUAUUCCAGUUAAUUUGCAGCCGAGACAAAAGUCACUGCUUUCAGAGUCCCUUCAGCUGAUUGAUACACAAGGCCCAUAACAAUGGUGUCUUUGACAGAAGUGCAUUACUGACGUGUCUUAAGGCAGGUCCUGGCAAGUCAAAGCCGUUGGCUUUCCAUUCAGGUGAGUGCCUAGUUGAGGUGAGGCAGUGCAACAUUGUAAUGGACCGUAGAUGACCCCCUGACCCCACAGCUCCCUUUCAGAGGGAACUGAGCCUCACUGCAAUGCCACAACGUCAUUAUCAUCAUAUCCCAGAGGUGUGCUUCUCUCCUCCCUCCUUUAGCACUCCUGGAUCUGUUGUUCUUCUCCCGCUGAAAGAUGACCAAACAUUAGUCAAAUAGAGGAAAAUACACACAAAAAACACAACAAUGGCAAUGCACUACAAUAUUUAGAGUUAUUCAUCUCUGGAAGGAAAGGGACCGGAAAAGUGAUCUUUCUUACAGUGUAAUAAACAAAUCUUCCUGUACCUGUCGCUCUGUGGCGGUCUCCCUCUCUCUUCCUGUUCGUCUCCCUCUCUCUUCCUGUUCGUCUCCCUCUCUCUUCCUGUUCGUCUCCCUCUCUCUCUCUCUUCCUGUUCGUCUCCCUCUCUCUCUCUCUCUUCCUGUUCGUCUCCCUCUCUCUCUCUCUUCCUGUUCGUCUCUCUCUCUCUCUCUCUCUUUCUCUUUGUCCCUUUCUCUCCUGCAGCUAUGUCCAUCUACAUGCUGCUGGUGUUUGAGGUAGAGACAGGCAUCGCCAGCGCAUGCGUACUGGCCUCAGGCAUCCUGAUUCUGCUGGUGAUCGUGAUUCACUCACUGGUCAAAGCUGCCCGCACCGCCCAACACUACCACGGUGGGGAGUACACUGACACCCUGUAUCAGAACCAGCACAGCGGGUGCACCCCCGCCGUCCGCCACGGCGAGCUCCAAGACGGGGACAAACCCAGGAGGCACCGCAACAACUCCCAACUCCACCGACAGUUGUCCUACCCUCCAUGUACUGACCCAAAGCAGCAUCACCAGCAUCAUUCCCCAUCCCACGGCCCACAGAGCCACGGCAGUGACAAGGAGGGCUACAGUAGUGGUGGGAGUGGGGGUGGCUCGAGAAUGCACAGGACCCUGUCGACAGAGUCAGGGCCGCUGCAGUCUCCGUCUACGCCAUGGAAUGGCAUUAACAAUGAGAUGAGGAGCGUGCUGGCCCGCAAGUCAGGAGCCUCCAGUAAAGACUCUACUCUAGUGUGA